AAAGCCGUUAUACCCCACCCCCACCCCCACCCCCACCCCCCUCAAGCACGCAUUCCUGUCUUAAAACCUGUCAUCACAUAUUUGCCAGCUCUCAUCACACCAUCAUCAUUUACUCUCUCUCUCUCUCACCGUCUUCGCACCUCCACACCUUCUUCCCAUGGCGUCUUCUUCCGACGACGAGGGGGAGGAGUACCUGUUCAAGAUUGUUAUAAUAGGCGAUUCCGCCGUCGGGAAAUCCAACCUGCUCUCCCGCUAUGCGAGAAAUGAGUUCAACAUGCACUCUAAGGCCACUAUUGGGGUUGAGUUCCAGACGCAGACCCUUGAAAUCGACGGCAAGGAAGUUAAGGCUCAGAUUUGGGACACCGCCGGCCAGGAGAGAUUCCGCGCUGUCACCUCCGCCUACUACCGCGGCGCGUUCGGCGCGCUUGUCGUCUAUGACAUCAGCAGGAGAUCGACUUUCGACAGUAUUCCCCGAUGGCUCGAUGAACUCAAGACUCAUUCAGACACAGCAGUUGCAAAGAUGCUCGUGGGGAACAAACUAGACUUGGACAAUAUCAGGGAUGUGAGCGUGGAGGAAGGCAAAAGCCUAGCCGAAUCAGAAGGAUUAUUUUUCAUGGAAACCUCAGCAUUGGACUCUACAAAUGUAAAGAAGGCUUUUGAUUUAGUCAUACGCGAGAUUUAUAACAAUGUCAGCAGGAAGGUCUUGAAUUCAGAUUCAUACAAAGCAGAACUAUCAGUCAACAGAGUAUCCCUCGUCCAAGACGGUGCUGAUGAACCAAAGCAAAAAGGGGGAUCAUAUUCUUGUUGUUCCAGGUGACUCUGGAAGCAAAGCUCUUAUUCAAUCAAAAAACAUGCAUGAGAGCCAUUUGACAUUCUUAAAUUUGGUUGAUUUAUCCUAUUUUAUUCAUCUGUUUUCUUCCUUCUACAUAGAAAGGGAUCCUACAAUGACCAAACGUGGGUUUUUUUAAAAAUCUUGAAUUUCUAUACUAAAACUUCUUUGCUCUGGAAGUGUAAAUUAUACUCUAUUUUGAUUGUGUUAUCUGGAAAUCUGAUAACAUUUAUUUAUAGAAUUCCCACUACAGUUUGUUUUA